AUGGCUACAGACGCUCUCCAAGAUGUCCGUCCCAUGUUUGAGCUCCGCGGGCGAAACUACAUCAUCACCGGUGGAGCUCAAGGCAUUGGUUUCGCUUGCACGAGAGCUAUCUGUGAGAUGGGCGGCAAUGUCGCUGUGUUAGAUAUCCAGAAAGAACCUACUGCCGAGUUCAACACUUUGAGUGAGAAGUUCUCUGCCAAGACUGUUUACAUCCAAACGGAUGUUACGUCACAGGAGAGCAUCAAUGCGGCUUUCGACAAGGUGCUGAAGGAGUUUGAGACUAUUGACGGUGUUGUACCCGCUGCGGGUAUCGCUAUUGAUAAGCCGUUCCUGGAUCAGACUUGGGAGGAGUUUACCCGCAUUCAAGACAUCAAUGUACGGGGAACAUUCUUCGUGGUUCAACUUGCGGCCCGCCAGAUGGUCAAGCAAGGCACAGGCGGAAGCAUGGUGCUCCUCGCCUCUCAAUCCGCACACAUCGGCCUUCCCGGCUACCGCAUGGCGGCAUACAACGCCUCCAAGGGCGGUAUCCUCAUGCUCUCCAAAGCCUUGGCCGUUGAGCUAGCACCAAAGGGUAUCAGAGUCAACACGAUCUCCCCAGGAUUCGUGGACUCUGAGAUGACGAGGACUGUUCGUGAGCUCAAGAGUAAGAGGGAGGGAGAGCAGAUGUGGUUGGCGCCGCCCAAUCAGAGAUUGAGUACACAGAAUGAUCUUACGGGGGCGGUUAUUUACUUGCUGAGUGAUGCGGCGAGACAUACUACUGCGGCGGAUAUUCCGAUCACUGGUGGAUUACAUGCUGGUACUAUUGAUGGAUUGAUUAGUUAUGAGAACAACUAG